AUGGAAAUUGCAACAGGUCUCGAAUCAUUGGAGAGACGCUUCUCGGCAAGGAAUCAUUCUGCCUGUUCAAAGAUGCUGGACGGUAUUAAAAUCGAAGAUCAUUUUAGAACGGGAGCGGCCACUUUGGGCGUUAUGAUCGGUGCUGAAUGCCAUCAUCAGGCCGUCUGCGAGGGAUGUCAGCGGCCUAUAUCCGACCGAUUUCUGAUGCGGGUCAACGAAUCGUCGUGGCACGAGGAGUGUUUGCAGUGCGCGGUGUGUCAACAGCCGCUUACCACAACUUGCUACUUCAGAGAUAGGAAACUCUACUGCAAAAUUGACUACCAACAGCUGUUUGCCACCAAGUGCAGUGGUUGCCUGGAGAAUAUAGCUCCUACUGAGUUUGUGAUGCGUGCCCUGGAGUGUGUGUACCACCUGGGCUGUUUCUGCUGCUGCGUGUGCGACAGGCAGCUGUGCAAAGGAGACGAGUUUGUCCUCAAGGAGGGCCAGCUGCUCUGCAAGAGUGACUACGAGAGGGAGAAGGAACUGCUCAGCUCCAUGAGCCCUGAUGCCUCAGAUUCAGAGAAGAGUGAAGCUGAGGAGCUGGACGGGAAGCCUGAGAAGGGCUCUGGGGGCCAGGGGAAGGGCAGUGACGACGGGAAAGACCCUCGCCGUCCCAAACGGCCGCGCACCAUCCUGACCACCCAGCAGAGGAGAGCCUUCAAGGCGUCCUUCGAGGUGUCCUCCAAACCCUGCCGGAAGGUUAGAGAGACGCUGGCGGCAGAGACAGGCCUUAGUGUCCGUGUUGUCCAAGUGUGGUUCCAGAACCAAAGAGCCAAGAUGAAGAAGCUAGCCCGGAGACAGCAACAACAGCACGAGCAACAGAACUCCCAAAGGCUAGGCCAAGAAGUGAUGUCGGGUCGGAUGGAGGGCCUGCUGAGCUCCUACACCCCCCUGGGCCCCCCUCAGCAGCAGCAGCUAAUGGCUAUAGAGCAGAACGGCUACGGCACCGACCCCUUCCAGCAUGGACUCACCCCGCCACAGAUGCCCGGAGACCACAUGAACCCAUACGGAAAUGACUCCAUUUUCCACGACAUCGACAGCGACACGUCCCUCACCAGCCUCAGCGACUGUUUCAUGGCGGCGUCCGACAUUGGCUCCCUGCAGGUGCGGGUGGGGAACCCCAUCGACCGUCUCUACUCCAUGCAGAGCUCUUACUUUGCCUCCUGA